CCCGGCGCUGUCUCCGCGACUCUGUCCCCGCCACUGCGCACCGACGCCGACGCUGCCCCCGCCUCCUCCCUCUCCUCGUCGUCGUCGUCGGCCGUGCUGACCCCCGCUGCCCAGAUAUCCUCAAGUCCUCCGCGGGCCACCCCUACCCCCGCGAACGCAAAAUGUCCAUCGACUUCACCCCCUCGGGCACUCCCCAGGGCAUGUACGGCCAGCCUGACCUCGACCACCCCUUCAACUCCCUCCAGUCUGGCGGCGAGCUGGGCUCGUCGCAUCAUUCCAGCAGCACGCCAGGCGGCAUGCACAUGAAUCCCCACACUCUUGAUCGCGUCGAUGCCCUCGACGUCCCGGACCAGGGUUACGACAUCUUCUCCGGCCCAUCCUCAACCUCUCUGUCGGGCCAGCGCUUCGGUGCCACGACCGGGCCCUCUCCCUCUAUGCCCUCCAAUUAUGGCCUGGGUAGCGACACCAUGUACUCUCAGAAUCCCUUCUCCGACAACAUGUCGUCAUUCCCCAGCUCUACCACCGGUUCGUACGACAUGAUGGGUGGUCUUACCUCCACUCUCGGUAACGGAAAGCCUUCGUCGCUCACGCAAGGUGACGGAGCCGGAAACUUCCACCGUUCUUCUGGCUUCUUCAAUGGCCAGACGAAGGACUUUCACAGUCACGACGUCUUCCCAGACGUCGACCGACGCGCCGGCAAUGUCAGCUCAGGCAGCUACCACUCUGACUUUGGCAACGACUAUGGCGCCAUGGGCAGCGGUCCCGGUAUGGGCAUGGGCUUCAAUCCUUCGCAGCUGCAGCAGUUCCCGGAUCGCAUGGGGCGCAUGUCCAACGACUCGCGAUACGUCUCCCCUCUCUCGCUUCCUAACCACCUGCACCAAGGCCCCGGGAGCGACAUGCUACGUGGGGUGAACCCUCAUGCCAUGCAUGGCUUCAGGUCCGACGGUUCGCUGCCGUCAUAUGAUGACAUGGGCCAGUAUCUGGCGCCCAAUCCCCAAACAGACUUCCCCCUUCGAAUUCCAAGUGUUGACUUAUCGCGCAUGCGCCUUCAGCCGUCGUCUGCGUCCGCCACGGAUCUGCAGACCUUCAUACGCCCGUACGUGGAUCAAUACGUCCGGUCGCCCAACCGACUAGCUUUCGGCGAGCGCACGGUCAUCGUUAUGUCCAGUAAGGUUGCGCAGAAAUCAUACGGCACUGAAAAGCGCUUCCUCUGUCCACCGCCCACCGCGAUUAUGAUUGGUAAUUCCUGGUGGUCAGACGUUGUUCGCCGCGGCGAAGAGCCGAAGUUGUGCCCUCCCCGGGUGGUCGUCUCCAUCUCUGGCGAACCUGCGCCGCAGGAGGGGACUAUCGAGUGGACGGGUGCAACGGGUAAAUCGUUCGAUGUGUCUGACCCGCCCAGCGGUACGACAUAUCUCGGGCGCUGUGUGGGCAAGCAGCUCUUUAUCUCGGACGUUGACGAAAAGAAGAAAAAGGUCGAAGCCCUCGUCAAGAUCAUGGCGCCCUCUGCCGAAGACGAGCCGGAGCGCGUGAUUGGCAUCUUCCCCAGUCGCCCAAUCAAGGUCAUCAGCAAACCGAGCAAGAAGAGGCAAAGCGCUAAGAACCUAGAGCGUACGUUGGCGUCCCGGUCUUCCUUCAAAGGAUCUGACGGCGCGCCGCUCAUGGGCUUGGACCAGCGUGUGCGGACACAGACACCGUCCUUUAUCGCUCGGACGGCCAGUUGGGACCCUUUCAUCAUGUACAUUGUCGACGUCAAUAACCCGCCGAUCCCCAUCUACUACAACCAGACGGUCGUGCUGCAGUGUCUGACCUCAGGUGUUGUCAGCCCUGUGCUCAUAAUUCGCAAGGUUGACCAUCAGACGAUCGUUGUUGGUGGCGGUCUUCAGGAGGGCGCGAAGGGUAUUGCCGACCACUACUGCUCAGUGGGCGAGGUUUGCGGCGAUCCCGUUUCACAGCUGCACAAGAUCGCGUUUGAGGUGUACGACCCUAGCCGCGGCGCUCCGGAACCGGGCACCCCCGGCCAGAGUGGUGCGUUCCUCUCGUGCAUGGGCGAAAAGGUGAAUACCUACCGUCCGGUCGACGGUCGCCAGUGGAACUCUCCGCAAGGCGGUGCGUCGCGCGACGGCGACUCACCUACAGCGACACCUACUUCGCCGGGAGACACGACGCCGACGUCUACUAGUGGCUCAGCGGACUACUUCGGGUCUGGGAGCAUGAGCAGCACGCCGACAUCGCCGGACGGGACUGACUUCCCAUCGAAUGAUGGUGGCCGCGUUAAGAAGGCAAAGCGCGGAUCGUCGAGUGCGGGUGGAAUCACGAAGCCGAACUCCCAAAAAGGCCGGCGAAGGCCCACAUCCGCGGGCUCUGCGGGCUCUGGACGUCGCGGCUCCGCGAGCGACUCGACUGCAUCGUCAGGGGCUCUCUGGCAGGUCGAUAUCGGGGAGACAAGCGUGUGGACGAUCGUGGGGACUGACCAGAUACGGUACAAUUUCUACGUGCCUCCCGUCCUUUUCGACAACCAAAAUGCCCCUCAGACCAGUUCGUUCCCGAUACCGUCGAAGCCUGUCACCCCCUUCCCAGGAGUGGUGAAGUACCUCCCGCCCGACAGAGCGGCGGAAAUCCCGAAGCACCACACGGGUGCGCGCGGGGCUCUCGCGAAGCCGAACCCUCACACGUCGAAGAUGCUGACCGUUUAUGGGGAGAACUUCUCCAAGACGGAUCCUGUCACCGUCUUCUUCGGGUCAGAGCCAUCGCCUUAUGUGGAGGUUCGGUGUGGCGAAGUACUCGGAUGCUUGCCGCCAGAAUCGCAGGUCACGAAGCGCCGACCGGUCAUCCUGGUGCGGUACGACGGUGUCGUCUUCCCCUCGAAUGUGAUGUAUCCAUGAACAUUAUACCUGCUGUCGUCUUACUGUGUACAUAUGCUUACUAUUGUCGCGCUCCUCCCGUGUCGGUCUACCUCGCAUUCACUAUCGCAUCUCUCGCUAUCAUGAUUUAUCGUCUGUCCCUGCAGUAGAUCUAUAUCGUUGCGCAUCUGUCGGAUUCGCUGGUGGAUAUGAAGCCUUCAGCUGCCCUGUACUUGUAUCGAUAGAGCUGGAAUGAACAUGACUAUCCUGUGUCGUACACGAUCGUACGUCA